ACGUAACAUACGGAUAAUCGCCCGCACCCUGCGCUGUCAUCGUUUUGAUGUGUACAUUUUGUGUUUUGUGUAUCGCUUUGUCUGAUUGUAAUAUUAUAAAAUGGAAUUAGAAGAUAAUGAAUGGACGUUUAUACAGCCAGAAGUUAUUAUAAAGGUAGAAGAAGGAGAAGUAGAGAAAUUAGAAGACUUAGAAAAUACAUCUGCCUCAGGAACGUCAUCUAAUGAUGAUUCCACAGAGUCAAGUGAUUCUGAUUCACAAUUGAAUAAUGAUAAAAAAGAUGUAAAAAAAAAGAAGAGAAAGAAAUUAUUGAAAAGAGGUGAAACCUUUAAAUCUUUUGAGGAUUUAGAAGCUCGACGAAGAGAGGUGGAGAAGGUAUCACACUGUUUUUUUUAUCGUCGCAGUUCCCAUGGAAUAGAUAGCAAGAAGGCGAAAAGGUUAAAAAAAAAUUUUCAUCCAAGACUAAAGUAUUAUACCAUCAAAUAUGCUUGUGAUUCAGGCGGAAAAAAUUUUAAGACACAGUCAACAGGAAAAAGGAGAUCGGGUACAGCACAAAAAGGUUGCAAGGCCUCAUUCGUAGUGACUGCAACAAAAAAUGGAAAAGCUUUAGAAGUGAGAGAAGUUAACUUAAAACAUAAUCAUGAGUGUUCUGAGGAUGUGCACAAUCAUAAGCCUAGGUCAAGGCGUUUAAGCAAAGACGAUGAAUUGGAAAUUUCUCAUCUAUUAAACUUUAGCUCUGAUAAGAAGGAGAUAAAAGAAUACUAUCAGAAAAAGACAGGGAAAGUGAUUUUAAUGAAGGAUAUUAUAAAUCUUGCUGCGAAGCUAAAUAAGAGCACGAAAAAUAAAUCUGACAAAGCGAUCGAUGAAUUAAAGAAAACAUGAAAAUGAAGCAAAUAUUUUGGAAAACCAAAUGAUAUAAACAAUGGCGCAAAAUAAGGGAAAACUUUUUUCGCAGAUCCUUUAAUCUAAUGGAUUCCAAAUACAAAUUGUUAAGAACGAAACACUGUCUUACUCAUAAGGAAAGAAAUUUAACUACCACAUCUCCGGUUACAAAAUCCGCGAUAGGAUCCCGAUACAAAUAAUUUUGAAUCACUAAAUAUAACAUUUGGUACUUAUAUUCCUUUUUUUAAUAGUAAUAAGAUGUUUAUGUUCAGAAAAAUUAGUGUGAUAUUUUUUUCUUUAUUAUGGCAUGAGUUAAACCAGUUGAAAGAGGUUAGAAAAAUAAACUUUUACCAAAAUCGAAGGUCAAAAGAAGCGAAUAAAAAAAUUUUUAUGUAAAAAUUAAUAAAUUAUUCCUAAAUACGAAAA